CGACCAUGAAGGCGUCCGAGGCCAUCGACCGCGUCUUCUUUGAGAAGAAGUUUAGCGCGACCAAGUACAUGCUGCGCUAUAUCGUCUCGGCGACGGACGACGCCCGCGCCGAGCAGCUCCGCACGGUGUCGCACUACCGCGAGCUCGCCGACAUGGAGAUUGCCAGCGUCGUGGACGCCAACUACACCAACUUUAAUGCCAGCCUCGGCAAGUUUGCCGGGAUUGCGCACCAGCUGCAAGAUGCGCGUGCGGGACUGCUCGAGGUCGAGAAGCGAAGCAUGGAGGGCAAGGCCAUCUUGACGGCAAAGACCAAGAACCUCCACGACCUCCUCUCACAAAAGUACGAGGCCAAAAAGGUCAUCGAUCUCAUCAACGACAUCGAGUACAUUGAGCUGGCGCCGGUCAAAAUUCAAGCCGCGCUGGACGCGGGCCUCGCAGGCCAGGCCGUCGACGUCUACCUCCGCGCCUUUGACCUCGUCUUUAGCGAGAAGCUCGUCGUCUUUAGCGCCGUGGCCACCAUGCGGCAUGCCCUCCUGGAAUGCAAGCAAACGAUCGAAGACUACUUGAUCGCAGCCCUCGAGGCUGGCUUGUAUCUCGAGGCCGUCUGGGCCAAAUACGCGAAAUCGUCGACGCCGAUCGGUGCCUUUGGCGCUCUGACGUCGUCGACGCCGGCACCGCCGCUGGCCGACCUCGCGCGCUGCGUGCAGCGGCUAUCGCGUGAAGCCGAAGUCAUUGGCUCGCUCAAAACCUCUCUCGAGCUGCGGCUUCAGGCGCUCAUCGAGCGCAUCGGCUCGAUCUGCCGCGCGUCGCUGGCGACUGUCGACACGAACGAGCGGUUUGGCCGCUCGCCGCAUGCCAGCACCUUUCAAGUCUGCUCGCAGACUGUGCUGGGUGCUGUCGCCACCUGCCUCGGGCACCACGCCGCGUUGGCCGCUACGUUGUCGCGGUCAUUGUACCCGCUCGACGAAAUCGUGCACAAAGCCUUCCACGUCCUCGAGGAGUGGCUCGUGCAGCAUUUGAGUGACCCCGAGACUGUGGCGCCGACCCCCACCUCGCCGAUCGCCGGCGCAUCAACCAACGUGGGCCUCUUCCGUUUCUUUCCUACUGAGGCGCGACCGAUCGACAAUCAAGUCGCCCAUGACGUGGCACCGUCCUCGCUCGUGUGCCCGCCGAGCCUCUUUCACGUGCCGCGUAUAUUCCCGGACGUGCACGUCUUCUCCAAACACGUGGCGACGCUCUGCAGUAGCGUCUCGUUUGUCGAAGUGUUUUGGCGACCGUUUGUUAUACGCAUUUGGCUCCCCAAGCUCCAAGCCAAAGCUUCGGCGAUGCUUGCGGCGCCAUCGCGCGCCGGCGACUCGGGGUUUACCUUGCCCAUGCCCAUGGAUACCAUGUAUGCUGUACCCAACGUCCACGCGUUGGUCCUUGUCGUGCGUGAGCUCUUCGCGAUGCUGCCCUCCUUCUCGCUCGUGGCGCAAGAGCUGAUCAAUGUGAUCGACAACACAGCCCGGCGGUUCGCAGAGGACUGUGCGGGCCUCGUCCGCAAAAUCUGUGACGGGUCGCUCAACCAGGUCGAAAUGAACAUUGGCGCGAGCGAGCUCGGGCGUUUGCUGCACCAGACCCCGUUGUAUGCAGCCGCCAAGGGCAGCGUGCCGUACCAGUCGCUGGCCAAGAUUGCGCCCUCGGACACGGCCACGGCAGCGCCCGAGGUCAAGGUCACGCCGCGAGAUGAGCUCCAUGCCAAGGAGCUCGAUUUCGAGGCUAAGUUUUUGGAUGUGGACUUUUGGACGCGGCCCGGGACCACCAAGUCGCUCGUGCAGGAUCCAAGCAAGCUCUCGAUGCUGGCGUAUUUGAGCAGCUGCUGUGAUUUCGUGUCGCUCGUCCUCGACAAGCACGUGCAGGCCAGUGAGUGCAAGAGUACCGCCGACGCCGACGCUCAUCUCGUGGCCACGCUCAAGGCGACGAGCUGGCGCUGCAGCAGCUUGGCCGACGAGUGUCUCUUCUUCCUACGCCGCGAAUUGCACUUGGCGUGUUACUCGUACAUGACCCAAGUGGCCAGCGGACCCUUGGACGGACCCGAGGUCCCGUCGUGCGCACCAAAUGAAAGCGUCCUAAGCCUCGCGUCCAAGCUCUUGAGCUGCGAAGAAAAUUGCUUGGCACCGUAUCUGAGCAAGCACAAGGUCGCGCUCGUGCUGGACGGCCUCGACUCGCUCGUGUGCCACAUCCUAAUGCACCUCAUGUCCAACAUCCCAAAGCUCUCGGUCGGUGGCGUCGCUCAAAUGCACUGCAACCUCAACUCGCUCCAGCAGUCGCUCACGAGCUUGUUCUACAAGUACCCGAGCGUGCGUCGCGACGCGUUUUACUUUCAGCGCGCCAAACGGUACUAUGCGCUCGCUUUGCUCUCGGAAACGGACCUCGAGAUGUUCCUCAUGGAGAACCGCAAGGCGUUCGCACCCGACCUUCUCCGCGCGAUUUGGCGCGUCGACGUGCCGACACGACCCAUGACGAAAGCCAGCGUCAACAAACUGGAUAGUUUACUUCGAUAAUCUACGAUUUAUACGAGUUCAAUGAUGCCAAG